AAAUUUGAGCUUUGCGGUAAUCGAAAAAUGACAUGUAAGUUUAUUUAAUCAGAGCCUCUUUCAGAUUGAAUACGAUAUUGAUUGGAUUAGACAAGUGUUGCAAAUUUCAUACUAAGAAAAAGUGCACAACUUGUCUGAGUAACCGGUGUGAAGUCUAUGACAUACAUAGCUUCAAAGUCAGGGUUAAAACCAAACAUAUAUUGGAGCAGUUGAAUAAAUUUAAAAGACUUGCACGAAUUACAUUAUUUUGAACUAUUGUAAGGCAGAAGGUCAAUAUAACUUGAACAAAUGUUUGCUUUUAUCAAGC